UUCCGAAAGAUCGGUAUAUGGGGCAUGGCUGGUAUAGGCAAAACGACUCUUGCCGAUGCGAUUUUCAACCGUGUUUCAAAUGGUUUCAAAAGCUCCUGCUUUCUUCGAACCGUGAGAGAAUCAGAAGAACGUGGAACAUUACUCGAAUCUCGACAGAAAUUUCUUUCAACCAUAUCAGAAGAUGGCUUUCUUAAGGACAGGCUUUCCAGGAAGAAGGUUCAGGUAGUUUGUGAUGACGUGACAAAUUCAAGCCAACUGGAGCUUUUGUUCCGCGGAAUCGAUCGGUUCGGCCCUGGAAGUCGAGUCAUCGUCACAACUAGAGAUAAGCAAGUGCUUAUCCAGAAUGACAUUGAUCUCAUUUAUGAAGUGGAGGAACUAGAUGAAGAUGAAUCUGUUCGGCUCUUCUGUCAACGUGCUUUCAAAAGCAAUAACCCCAAUGAGUAUCAGUUGGAGCUAUAAGAAGGUUUCAAGUACUUCUAAUGGAAACCCUUAGCUAUAAAAGUUAUCGGAUCCUCUCUUUAUGGCAAGAACAAAAGCUACCAGGGAAGCGCAGUAACGAAACUAAACCAGAUUCCCAAUCCAGACAUUCAUAAACUGUUGAGAAGCAGUUUUGAUGGAUUAGAUUCAGAAGAGAAAGACAUGUUUCUUGACAUAGCUUGUUUCUAUAAAGGGGAGCAUCGAUACUUUGUAACAAGGAUUAUGGACGCUUGUUAUUUCUCUUCACAUUCUGGAAUCGAUGAUCUCAUCGAUAAAUCUCUGAUAUCUGCUUCAAAAAAUAAGAUAGC